GCUUAAAAGAAAAAAAAAAGAAAACUGUGUCCAUGUCGGUGUCCAAGUGAAGCGGGGUUUUUACUAUUACAAUGGAAAACCAAGUUAUUGGACCGGGUCCAUACAGGGCGACGAAACUGUGGAAUGAAACUAUCAGACUUUUUCGUGGUGGCAUGCCACUUAGAAGGCAUUGGGCACACUUUCGCUGCUAUGACUGCAGCUUCACGGGAACCGAGGCUGUGGAUUAUCUGCAUAAUCUGCUGAGGGACAAUCACAACUUUGGUCCUGAGGUAACCCGCUACCAGACCCUGCAGCUGCUUAGAAAGUUCCUCAAGGCCCACGUGAUUGAAGAUGUCAAAGGCCGCCAUGGGACAGAGGACUUUGAGGACAAUGGCCAUUUGUACAGGUUCCCAACACUGUCUCCACUCAAGUCUUUUCCAGCAAGGCCUGUAAUAAAAGACUGCAGUGACUUGCCCAGACUCAUCCGCUGGGAUGACUAUGAGGAGCUGCCUCAGCAGGAGAACUUUGUACCCGUGAAGUCUGCUGUCCUGACUUCAGAUUUGUGGAAUAAAAGGCACAGCGUUGCUAUUGGAGAUGUGCAUGAAUGCAAGCUUAUACGCAGGAAGGAGAUAACAUCAAAACAAGUGGAUCACAUCUGGAAGUCAAUGACAGUGGCACAUUUGCAGCGAGUGCUGGGUCUGAAGACACUGGAUGGCGUUUUGAACCCAGCGCAUGUCAAUGGCAAGCACAUUGUUCACAAUGUGUUCAGUGUCAAUAAAGCAGGCAUAGUUGUAUUGGAGAACAAAGCUGAGGACAUGCCCUACUGGGUGGUAACUGCAAUGAAAUGCCUUGCUAACUGGCCUAAUGGCAAUGAAAGCAAACAGCCAGUGUACCCAGGUUUCGAGAGGGAUGUUCUAAGAACAGUAGCAGAUUACUACCAGAGACUUAAAGAACCCCUGCUGACUUUUCAUCUGUAUGAAGUAUUUGUCAACAUUCUCAGUUUGCUGCCAGUGCAGGAGGCAGCCAGUGAGGCUCUUCAAGUAAGCUGUCUCCUUCUGCCGCCACCCAACCGAAGACGCCUCCAGCUUUUAUUGCGUCUCAUGGCCCGAGUCUGUCAGAAUCCCCAGCUUCCUCCACUUAAUGACACGAUUGCUACCCGCACACUGAUGGUGCAGAUGUUCUCUCAGUGCGUUCUUGGCUCAGCAGACGACAUGGACUUGGAUGAGUUACUUGCCACCAAAUUGGUGACUUUCAUGAUGGAGCAUCACAACACCAUCUUCCAGGUGCCUGCCAAGCUGCGUUGCCAAGUUGAAGAGCAUCUGUCCCACCUCAAAAGAGCACAGAUCAAAUAUGCAGGGGCUGAUACAGAUUUCAGUGCAUCUCCAGCUUUCUACAAGCAGAUCAGCAGGGUGGAGUGCGAGGGGCAGAGGGUGAUAGGCACUCAGACCCCGCUGCAGCAGUUGCUAGAAGGCCUGAUUGCAGACAAAGAACUCCCCGCUAAAGACAAGAGGAAAAGACUAAAACAGUUUCAGAAGUCCUACCCUGAAGUCUACCAUAGUCGAUUUCCCACUGAAGAAAGCAAAGCUGCUGUCAUACCCGAGAAAACCCCACGACUCAAACCUAAUCUUAUGUUCUUCAGCAUCAAGAAACCCUUCCAGCCUUUUCAGAGAAGCUGGAGUUUCAGGGCAUGAUCUGCUACCACUAAAACAUUUACACAUCUUAACCUCAGAGUUGCAAAAUGAGGAGUGAGGCUAUAAUGGUGUUCUCACCACAAUUACAGCGCUCUUCAUUAACCACUACAAUUUUUACUAAAAAAAAAAAAUUAGUCCUUGCAGCCGAUGGUAAACAAGGAUGAUGAAUUAAAGAGCCUGUUCACUCAAGUUAUAGAAGGAUUAUAAGAGAUUUUCCUCUUAAUAGGUCAUUUUCUAAACGGAAGCAAAGGCUUCAUGCAGCAAAUGCAGGGGGUGAACUUACCACGCUUCUGUUUUAAUAAGAAACUUGAACUAAACUAUGAUCCACUUAAACCUAAAGAGUUAUUAAUCGUGAUUUGUUUUUUUCUUAGAUUUCAUUAACUGGUACUUUGUAUGG